AUGCCAUCGGGGUCGCCACCGCAGCGCCAUGGCAAGGGGGGUGGAGAGGAAGGUGCCUCUGCAUCCCGCCUCGGUGGCCGCCGCACCGACUACCCUUCGUCGUCGCGGCAGCGAUCCGCCGACGUGGUCUGGCCGGAGCACUUCGUCGAAUCCGUCGCCGCUCAUGUCGCCGAUGAUGCUGCCCGAUCCUCCGGCAGACUCUUUGCGGCGCCUGCCGUCGUCGCCAUGUUCCAGGUGUGUCCGACCUGGAGAGCCAUCGCCGGAUCGGAGUUCCUUUGGCAAGUCCUCUGCCGCCGCAUCUGGUUCCGCCGCCGCCGCUCUCUCCCUUCCUGGCGCGAGGAGUACAUCCAUUUCCACCGAACUGCCGCCAACUUCCGUGCCGGCCGCUACGUAUAUUCGUCCCUCCUCCCUCCUUCCGACGACCUGUCCUGCCGUCGCCUCGCCCUCUCCGACCGUUACCUAGCAGCUGGCUUCCUAGACGGCUCCGUCCGCCUCUAUGACGUCCCCUCCGGGCGUCUCCUUGCCACCUUUCGUGCAGAUCCUCACCGCGACCGCCUAGGUCGCUUCUCUCAGGCAAUCUCCGGACUCGUCCUGUUCGAUGACCGGCUCGCCUUCGCCUCGCAGGACGGCGACGUCCACGUGGCCGAACUUGGUUCCUCCGGAGCUCCCCCCAGGCGGGCGCUAGCCGGAAACCUAGUGGUGGACGGCACGAUGGUGGAUUUCACGGGGAACGCGCGGUGGUGGGUGGGCCUCUUCGCCGGUGCGCCCGGGCACUCGUGGCACGUGUGGGACGUGGCCACGGAACUGCUCGUGUUUGUCGGAGGGGGUCUGAUGGAUCAUGCGGCCGUCGUCGGCUGGCAUAUGCUCACCGACGUGCUGAAGCCAGUGGUCGGCCGUGCGCGGAUUCUGGAGCAGGGAGUCGUCGUCGGGUGCACGGUCUCUAGCAUGGAAGUGCUCGAUCUCAACGGCGUCACGGGAACCAUUCUAAACCAGAGCGAGCACCGUCACGGCGCGCUGGUGGGGUCCUUCGACGCGUGCCACGGGCGGGUGUUGGUGGUUGACUCGCGGGGCGUGGCAGAGGUGAGGGAGGCGCCAGCGCUGACGGACGUGAGCCGGUUCACGCCGUUCCGGCGGUCAGAGCUCCAGCAAGGGGGGCCUAGCGUAGAAGGGUGCAUGAACUGGGGCUACGCGCUGGUUUGCACCUCGAGAGGAGUCCAGGUCUGGGAUUCCAUCACCGCCACCGGCCAGUACCUCUACAUAUUCCGGCAGCGGAUAGGGAUCGCUUCGGCCAUGGUGGCCAGCAACAGAUACGUGGCUGCAUGGACAAAAGAUACUGGAUUGCACCUCUGGGAUUUCGGAGCAUUGUGA